CGCCGCUUGGUCGACUGUCGCACGACAGGCAACAGUGUAGUUGUCGUGUCCGACACGACGGUUGGUCAGCCCGCGCAGUGCCGUCGGGUUCGACAUGCCAAUGACACGACGACACCCCAAUGUCGCUCUCAUGUCGGAUUCGAGACGGUGCCCGAAAGGGCACUUGGUCGACUGUCAAACGGCGGACGACAGUGUCGCUGUCGUGUCGAACACGACAGUCAUCUCCCCUACAGGCACCGUUUGGCGACCAUCAUGUCGAACACGACAUGGACACUGUUAUCUGUCGACCAGACGGUGCAUGAAGGGCCGCUUGGUCGACUGUCGCACGGCAGACAACAGUGUAGCUGUCGUGUCCAACACGACGGUUGGUCAGCCCGCGCAGUGCCGUCGGGUUCGACACGACAGUGACACGACGACACCGCAAUGUCGCUCUCGUGUCGGAUUCGACGGUACUGGAGGACGUCGUGGCACGGCCGUCGAGUUCGACACGACAGUGAAACGACGACGAGCUGGUUGCUCUGUGUUCUUGUCUACUCUCGUUCUCAAGUGCUGUGGUCUGCUCGGCAUGGAUCGCGAGGGGAAGCCAAGCAAACGACGUACUAGUGCUGGUUCCGGGAGCAUGGAGCAGUCUCCGAAAAAACGGAAGGGGACACCGACGGCUGGCGUGGGGGUUGGCGACACACCGGGGUCUAAGGGUCACCGAACCCCGGUGCUGCGGGGUGCACCUUCUAUGGGCACUCCUUCCGCCCAUGUUCGUGGUUCGGGACCGGAUUCGGCUGUGCUGAUGAGUGAUGGGGCUGCGGGUCGAGAAGAGGAGGCUACUGGUCGACUGGGGAAAUCUGCGAUGGACGUUGUGCUAAGGCGUAAAAGGUCUGGUGACACGUCCGCUGCAGAUAACAUUGUUCCGAUUGGCGGUGUGGUGAAGUGGAGUCGAGGAAAUUCACAGUUCGCCAUGUUGGAGUUGACGAUGGUCCUUAACGCUAGAGGUGAGCGGAUUGCGGAUGUCAAACGCGUUGCUCUUCGUUGGGCCAAACACGCUGGGUACGGCAAAAGGCUUUAUGAUAUUUUCAAUCCGCCUGGGACGGAGAAAUUGACGUUGUCGGACCUUCGAUCGGUUUUCGCAUCCUUCGACAGACAUGUGGUCGCAGGGCAUAAGCCGGUGGUGCAUGCUUCCGACCGCAUAUCUGAACCGAAAAGCGUGUUUUCUUCGUCUUUGGAGGCGGGUCCGUCGUCGAAACCGAUCAUUAUAGGUGCCCGCCCUCCGCCAUCAAUUCGGACUACGGUUGCUGCAACACGAGUUCCGAAAUCAGGGCAGAUCGGGGAGAAAGGUCCGUGUCGCGGCCAAAUCGUGCUGUCAGCGCCUGUGAAGCGUAGACCGACAUCAACCAAGGAACCCGUUUCCUUGGUUCGCCCGCCGCGCUAUGAGUUGGCCAUUCCUGCUGGGUCGCAUUAUUUUGGAGAUGACGACGAGGAGAACAGCGAAGAAGAAUGGGAGCGCGAUGAAGAACGCAAAGAAUAUGAGGAGGGUGACGAAGAAGAGGAAGUAGAGAGUGAAUACACAAUUAGCGAGAGGGGUGGGCCGGACGAGUUGGAGGGUUGUCUAGGGGUUGAGUAUGAGGACGAAGGGCAAGAAGAGGAAACGAUCGGCGAGGGAGGGUACGCAGAUGUGCAUCGGGGGCGCGGGGAAAUGCACCGCGAAGUUGGGGUCGAGCCGGCGCAUGACGAUGCAGUACGACUAGCUGAGAAGAAAAGGAAGAUGAGGCAAGAGAGGAGACGUGCUAUGGACAGCAAGAAAACCCAGCAGGAGGGGGGAACCAAGCAAAAGGAGGGCAAACGCAAGUUGAAAAUGCUGGCAGUUGAGGAGGCCGUUCAACGUAUGAGGGAGGCUGAGGAGGCCAUGAAGAAAAAACGGCAGCCAAGGAAAAAAGCAGCGAAGGGAGGUGUGAUGGAAAAAACUUCCGUUUUUCCACCGGACCAGCCACAGUCGGAUGAAGACAUUGUGUGCAGGACAGUCACCAGACCGCCCGGUUUGCAGAUUCUGCCGCAUGGGAAUUCUUCUAGUCAUCUGAGCAAAGGCUUCUUCCUUGAGUUCGACGAGAAUGGUAACCAGAGGCCGGAAAUGCAGUUCAUUUCUGUCAAGUUGGAUAGGAUUCUGGAUAUCCCUGAUGAGGAAUUCAGAUAUAAUCAACGCUUCCUCGAUCAGGAGCUUAUUGAUGACCUUUACAAAACAAUGGUUGAGUCGGGUGAGAUAGCUAUCAGAGAGAGAACGAUCGGGGCAGCCGGGGUGAAUGUAUGUGCAUUGUACGAGAAGCCUGUCCUUCUGUUGAUUGGGCUACAUGAUACAAUGCAUACUGACGCUUCCGGUACGAAUGUGAGGGCGAGAAAAGUGACGCCCCGCGAAUUCGAUCUCCAAUCCGUGCGCAAGUACUACUGGUACCCUCUCAGUGGUCAACACAAUGUUGCAGCGGCGAGAAAAUGUUCUCAAGAACGCCCUGACAUCGCCCGUGAGCUCCGUUUGGAUUGCUGGACUGCAAGGCCUGUUUACUAUCCGGAUAGGAGCAUGGAAAAUUACUGCACCUUGAGCACUUUCCAAAAUGCGAAGGACAAAUGGAAUACUCCUCCGCACCAAAUUGCUAUCAUUAAGAACAUACGAAAGUUAUGGCAAGCAGCCGGUCGUCCAGAAGCUAUAGGCGGAUCUGCUGCAGACGUCAAAAAUAAGGAUUACAUAGAGUUUGCGGCGAUGGCUCUGCGCGCGACCGGGAGUGAUCAUUUGGUUACUCUUUCACUUCAGCCUUGGAGCAAGGAGUGGUCCGACGUCCUCGGGUCUUACAUGAUAUUGGCAAGGGCGACGGACGAUGUGUUCGAGAAGGUGCAACAAGUGUAUUUUAUUUGGGAGAGUGGACAGUUGCCGGGGAGAGAUGGUGUGAAGCCUGCCACCGAACAAGGUGAAUCGGGGAAAGCGCCGGGACCUGGCCCCGGAUUCGAGUUGGAAAAAGGAGUCAGGGUUCCAGUGCACUGGAUUCAGGGUACUAGAGGACCUGGUUACCUCAUGGCUGUGCGCGAUCCGGAUGUCAGAUCAUGGAAGGCUAUGUCUACGUUGAGGAGGCGUGAGAGGCUGCAGCUGUUGAGAGACAUUCUCACGGGAUGUGUUGUACUGGCUCCAAGGCUAAGUAAAGCUGCUAACACUGUCGGGAAACAUUCGAUGGAGACAUACGUGGAAAUGAGGAAGCAGGAAAGAGCAAUGUUGAGAAUGUUUCACUACUUCGUCUUCAUUUCUGACCCUCACAAGAAGCCGUCAGAGUGGAAGGAACCAUUCUUUGACAACCUUUCUGAUUUGUUCGCUAGGUAUUCUGAUCAUGAAUUGACAUCGGAGAGGUGGAUCGACCAGCGACGGCAUUUCAAAGAAACGAGUUGGGUGCGGUCAUUUCCGGCUACACUUGGAGACGAGGAUGAGAAAGGAGAGGAGGGCUUCAAGAAAACAAAAUCGCUUGCAAAUAAAUGCCCCGAAAAGUUCAUUCAAUUUGUCAACAAGUUGUUGCGUAGAUCUGAAACUGGGGGUUCACAUAGCAUUCGUAUGUCGGAACAAGCGAGAUACAUACAUUUCCAGAAACAGGACGUGGCAUCUAUAUUCGUGCCGUUCCAGUGGGAACCGAACGAUGUUUCAGACGAGAUGGAUUGCAAGGAGAUGUUUAGAGCCGUCAGACACUUAACGUGCUACACAGCCGUCCUGGAUUUGUGCCACCCGACCCAAAUGGGUACGUGGAGUGAACAAGUGUUUGCUGGACUCAAGAAGUUCAUGGACAAACUUGGCGGCGAGUAUUGGACAUUGUUGUGCUUCGUUCCACGCCCUUGCAAGUUCAUAUUCUUGAGGCGAGUCGCGAUGUGGGACAUUCAAUUGGAUCUUCUCAAAUGGACUCGUCUACAACAAACAAAGGGGAAAGUGUAUAAGAUUGCAAACUUGUCUUUGGAGGACACAGACAGAAUGGUGGUCAUCAUGUACUCCAACGACGGAGAUUUUCAUCGCAACACUAUUCCCUUGUUUGAAGAUAUUCAAGCUGCAGGUCCAGCACCUGCCGAGCGGGUGGUUGACAUAUUGACACUUGUGCGGAGAGAGAGAAAGCCGAAGAUGUUGACUUAUGUCGUGGAGAAUAACUUUCUACCAUCAAAGUGGAAAAUGACAGGUAUGGAUCCACCGGAGAAAGUGGUCUAUGAUGGUAUGGAAAGGGAGCCGAAUGCGAUGGUGGAGACAUUGGAGCAUUUUUGUCCUGGAGAUGAGGCUGUCGUUUUCCUCGGGAAAGGUCAUGCGGGAUUGGUUUGGGAGCUGUUAAAGAGUCACCGUCAUUGCAUUGUGUUGGAAGGGGAGGGUAUGAAGUUCGAGUUCCUCAUUCAGUUCAUUGACAAGAUGGUCAAAACUCGAGAUUACCACGCCAACUUUACUAAGCCGCCUCCUCGACAUGAUGAAGGGCGUGAUCUCGUCUACAAGGUUGGCCAAAACAUGGUCAAUAUUUGGGAGUUUCUCUUCGAAACACAGCCGCAAGACAGAGGGGAACGUACUUAUGUCCUCAGAAGAAGAAAAGUGGAGAAGGUUUUUUGGGUGAUCAUAAAGCACCAUCGGAGAAGGAGGUUUCAUUUCUCGACCGCUUGGAGACCAUGUACUUUGACCAACAAAUCGGGGCGUUUACAAUCGCAGGUUAUGCGACUUGUUUUGUGGAUGGUGAGGACUUCGAUGCCGACGACUUAGAAGAAGAGAGUGUUGAUUGCACUUUGCAAGC